CGGUGUCACUGAAGUUUUUAAUAUUUCAUAUUUCACUUACAAGAGAUAAUUAUCAACAAAAAUAAAUAAAUAAAUAAGUACUCACCAUGCAUUUAAGCACCAUGUUCCUACUUAAAAUAGAGAAUAAUUUUCUUUAAGAAAUAACGCAUAGGGUCUGCAGACCUGUCGGCGACUUUACUAACUACACACCAUGUCAUAAUAUGGACAGAUGAGCACGCAAUACACCUGGAUUUGACAUGCCCACUAAUAAACAUGUACAGCGGAAACAAGCCAGUCAGGGCAAAGGUCAACGCCAUGAUUACCAUGGAAAAAAGUUUUUGUGCAAUAAUUCAUCAAUCUAAAGCUAUGGAAAACACAAACAACACUAAUGGUAUAGUUUGGGAGAGUUUAGUUAUGGCGAAACAGGAAUUGUGUGACGAAAUCAUUACAUUUAUGGACAUGAAAUCAGAUGAAACAUCAGCUAUUUCAAGUUCAGAAGAAGUACAAACAAAUAUAUCAACACUCUUUUCAAAUUCUGAAGAUGUAAAGCAAAAUGUAUCAACACAAUUUUCAACUGUUAAAGACAAAUACUCUGAGGAAACAAUGCAACUUUUAGCUUUAGAAGAUAAAAAUAUUUAUAAAACAAAGCCUUUGUUUAAUUUAGAAGAGAUGAAACAAGAUAACCCAACAUCAUUUUUAUCUUCUGAAGACAUGAAACCAAAUCUAUCAACAGUAUUUUCAAUUUUUGAAGAUAUAAAACCUGAGAUAUUAACAAUUUCAUCUUUGGAGAGUGAACAACAAAAUGUUUUCAAAGCACAGCAACAACUUUCUUCCCCAUCGGAUUCAACUGAUUUUAAAGAAAAUUUAGCAGUUUUAAAAUCAGAUCUUCAAAAUGAAUUAAAAGAACUCAAGUCAUUGCAUACAAAAUUGAUUGAUAAUCUCCCAACAGAAUAUCUGGUUAGCAAUAAGGGACUGAAGACAUACAAGUGUGAUAUGUGUUGUCAAAGAUUUUCCCAUUUUGAUCAUGUUAAACAACACAUAAACAUUCACACAAGGGUGAAUCCAUAUGGUCAUGAUUUUCAUCAGCAAGAAGUUGUUAUGAUCAGUCAGGGUGAACAGAUUAACAAAAUAAACCUAGAACAGGUAUACAAUAAGUCUAGUUUGUCUAAAAAGCUCACUACAAAGUCUAGUUUAUCCACACACACAAAUAUUCAUUCUGGAAUUAAUAAGCCAUAUGAAUGCUAUGUGUGUCAUAAAAAAUUUAAGCAUAAAGGUUAUUUAUCUAGACAUAAAAAUAUUCAUUUACCAGACAGACCAUAUGAAUGUGAUGUGUGUCUCAAAACAUUUUAUCAUAAAAGUGACUUAUCAAAUCAUAAAAAUAUUCAUUUACCAGAGAGACCAUAUGAAUGUGAUGUGUGUCAUAAAAAAUUUAAUUUUAAACGUUAUUUAUCAAGACAUAAAAAUAUUCAUUUACCAGAGAGAUCAUACGAAUGUGAUGUGUGUCAUAAAAAAUUUAAUUUUAAACGUUAUUUAUCAAAACAUAAAAAUAUUCAUUUACCAAAGAGACCAUAUGAAUGUGUGGUGAGUCAUAAAAAAUUUAAUCAUAAAGUUGAUUUAUCAGAGCAUAAAAAUAUUCAUUUACCAGAGAGACCAUAUUAUGAAUGUGAUGUGUGUCAAAAAAAAUUUAGUCAAAAAUGUAAUUUAAUUACACAUAAAAAUAUUCAUUUACCAGAGAGACCAUAUGAAUGUGAUGUGUGUCACAAAAAAUUUAAUCGUAUAUUUCAUUUAUCUAGUCAUAAAAAUAUUCAUUUACCAGACAGACCAUAUUAUGAAUGUGAUGUGUGUCACAAAAAAUUUAGUCAAAAAUGUAAUUUAAUUACACAUAAAAAUAUUCAUUUACCAGAGAGACCAUAUGAAUGUGAUGUGUGUCACAAAAAAUUUAAUCGUAUAUUUCAUUUAUCUAGACAUAAAAAUAUUCAUAAACCAGAUAGACUAUAUGAAUGUGAUGUGUGUCACAAAAAAUUUAAGCAUAAAGGUUAUUUAUCUAGACAUAAAAAUUUUCAUUUACCAGACAGACCAUAUGAAUGAGAUGUGUGUCACAAAACAUUUUAUCAUAAAAGUGACUUAUCAAAUCAUAAAAAUAUUCAUUUACCAGAGAGACCAUAUGAAUGUGAUGUGUGUCACAAAUAAUUUAAUCAUAAAGGUAAUUUAUCAGACCAUAAAAAUAUACAUUUACCAGAGAGACCAUAUGAAUGUGAUGUGUGUCAUAAAAAAUUUAAUUUUAAACGUUAUUUAUCAACACAUAAAAAUAUUCAUUUACCAGAGAGAUCAUACGAAUGUGAUGUGUGUCACAAAAAAUUUAAUCAUAAAAGUGACUUAUCAAAACAUAAUAAUAUUCAUUUACCAGAGAGACCAUAUGAAUGUGAUGUGUGUCAUAAAAAAUUUAGUCAAAAAGGUUCUUUAUCUACACAUAAAAAUAUACAUUUACCAGAGAGACUAUAUGAAUGUGAUGUGUGUCAUAAAAAUUUUAAUUAUAAAGGUAAUUUAUCAAUUCAUAAAAAUGUUCAUUUACCAGAGAGACCAUAUAAAUGUGAUGUGUGUCACAAAAAAUUUAAUUAUAAAUGUAGUUUAUCUAAACAUAAAAAUAUUCAUUUACUAGAGGCCAUAGGAAUGUGACAUUUGUCAUAAAAAGUUUGCUCUUAAGUCUAGUUAAUGUACACACACACAACAUUUCACUCAGGACUUUAAGCCACCUGAAUGUGUUGUUGGUCAUUAAAUUCUCUUUCACAAGGAUCUUUAAUUAUCUGUAAAUAAAAUUGUUGCUUUUGUACUUAUAUCACAUUGUGUAGGCUGAAAACACACCAUUAAUGUUUGUCAUACAGGAUAUAAUACUCUUCAUUCAUAGUAUUAUUUGUCAUACAAAGUAUUACUAAUGAUUAAAAUGCUAUCUAGACAUUUCACACAGGGGAAGAAAAACUACAUGGAUAAAAUGGAUGUCAUGAAUAACCAUAGCACAUUUAUUAUCUUGUACAAGGUGUUAUGGCUAGCCUUGUUCAGGUUUUUUGGAAAAUAUGAUGGCUAAAUUCUUACCCUUUACAUUACCAAUACAAUUAAUACUAACCACUAAUAAACACCACCAUUCUAAAUGUACAAUUAUAAUUUGAAUCAUUGAAGUAAUACUCUAUAUUUUUCUAUAUUGAAUAUAUUCCAUUUUAUGCAAUUCUAAAUUUUGUAUAAAUAAUUAUUUAACCCAUUAAGUUGAACAUAAUUAUGAUAAUUAUAGUGAGGAACAAAAUGUAUUAAUUAAUGUAGCUGUAAAUGAUUAAAUUUUUAAGACAUAAGAUACAAUUUAUUAUUAUGAUUAUUAUUGAUGUUUAAUUUAUCUUUUUUUUUAAAGACAUAAUAAAUA